CGGGCCCCGCUACUCGUGGGCCAAUAGGAGCGCUCGCCGUUAUCAGUCGAGGGAAAAAAUCCCCACGGUCGCCAUAAUACAGCAGCAGCGGAAACGGCUGAGAAGUGGCUAGAAAACAAAAGAGAGCACGCAGUCGUCCUCGCCAUUUGGUAUGCUCUUGCAGUGUUACAGGAAUGCCCAAGGAAAAAUAUGACCCGCCAGAUCCCAGGCGGAUGUACACAAUAAUGUCCAGCGAGGAGGCAGCCAAUGGGAAGAAGUCAUACUGGGCUGAGCUGGAAAUUAGUGGUCGAGUAAGGAGUCUCAGCACCGCCCUUUGGUCACUCACCCACCUUACUGCCCUUCACCUCAGUGACAACUCAUUGUCACGCAUCCCGCCAGACAUUGCCAAACUUCAUAAUUUGGUGUACCUGGAUCUUUCAUCCAACAAGAUCAGGAGCCUGCCGGCAGAGCUUGGCAACAUGGUGUCUCUCAGGGAACUGCUUUUAAAUAACAACCAGUUGCGGGUUCUGCCCUUUGAAUUGGGGAAACUGUUUCAGUUACAAACACUGGGGUUAAAAGGAAACCCACUUGCACAAGAAAUUAUGAGCCUCUACCAGGAACCUGAUGGUACGCGAAGACUGCUCAACUACUUGUUAGACAAUCUGGCGGGGGCUAUCAAGCGCAUACCAACAGAGCAGCCCCCAGCCCGGUCGUGGAUCUCCCUCCAGGAACCAGACCGAGCCCGGCCAUCAGCACUGUUCUCUGUCAUGUGCUACAACGUGCUGUGUGAUAAGUACGCCACAAGGCAGCUGUACGGCUACUGCCCCUCUUGGGCUCUUAACUGGGAGUACAGGAAGAAGUCCAUCAUGCAAGAGAUUAUGGGAUGCAAUGCAGACAUCAUCAGCUUGCAGGAAGUGGAGACGGAGCAGUACUACAAUUUUUUCUUGCCUGAGUUGAAGGAGCAGGGUUAUGAUGGUUUCUUCAGUCCAAAGUCACGAGCGAGGACCAUGUCCGAGUCAGACCGUAAACAUGUGGAUGGAUGUGCAAUUUUCUACAAGACAGAAAAGUUCAGUGCCGUGCAGAAGCACACAGUGGAGUUUAACCAGCUGGCAAUGGCUAACUCAGAGGGCUCAGAGGCCAUGUUAAAUCGUGUGAUGACGAAGGACAACAUCGGCGUUGCCGUACUGCUUGAAGUUCGUAAAGAGAUGAUGGAAGUCUCCUCUGGAAAGUCACUGCAUGGCAUGGAGAAGCAGCUGCUGUUGGUAGCCAAUGCACAUAUGCACUGGGACCCAGAAUAUUCUGACGUCAAGCUGGUACAGACAAUGAUGUUCCUGUCAGAAGUUAAGAACAUCGUGGACAAGGCGACACGCAGCCUAAAAUUGUCCUCAGUCUCUGGUGAAACCAAUGGCAUUCCACUGGUGCUCUGCGCUGACCUCAACUCAUUGCCUGAUUCUGGUGUGGUGGAGUACCUGAGUACAGGCGGAGUGGACUGCACCCACAAGGACUUCAAGGAGCUUCGCUACAGCGACAGCUUGACCAAAUUCAACUGCAAUGGCAAGAACAGCACGUCCAAUGGCAGGAUCACCCACGGCUUCAAGCUGAAAAGCGCUUACGAGAAUGGCCUGAUGCCUUACACCAACUACACGUUUGACUUCAAGGGUGUCAUCGACUACAUUUUCUACUCCAAGCCUCAUCUGAACGUCCUGGGCAUCCUUGGCCCCCUGGACUCUCACUGGCUGGUAGAUAACAAUGUCAGCGGUUGCCCGCACCCUCACAUCCCCUCCGACCACUUCAGUCUUUUCACCCAGUUGGAGCUGCUCCUGCCCAACGUCCCUCCCCAGGUCAACGGUCUCCAUCUGCCUACACGCAGGUAGUGAGUCCUUGCCACUCCACCAGGGGGGGGCUUGCUCCCUCUCCACCAACCCUAUGACCAGCGUGUCCCUCUGUCACCCCCGGAGGAGGAAGGCAAAAAAGAAAAAAAAACAACCUGUAAAAUAUUCGUACAGUGAGAUCUGGCCAACAGGGAUUUCGUAUGUUAUAGAUAUUCUAUAUUUUUUUUCUUCUCUCUCCUUUUUUUUUUUUUUUAACUGCUCGAUUCAGUCCAAUUUGUGUAUCAUAUUUCGUCUUUUGGAUCCCAUUUCCGCACACAUUACCUUCUUAUCAUGCUACACAGGAUGCUAGUUCAUCCCGCGUUUUUCGACGCGAGAGGGUGGGCCACGUUUAGCGGAGGAGCUUCCGAGUUGAUGGCGUGUGGCGUGGGUCUGCCAGUCUGUCCUGUAUAAACCUGAAACCAGCAAAGACGACAGACACGUCACUCGAAACUCAUGCGGGCAGGGGGUAGUCAGCAGUCGAGACGGAAGCUUUUCCGCGCUGUGGUGCUCGGGGCCACGAUCAGUUCUCGCGACCUCCUGUGGUGCUACACCUCUGACCCCACCCACCCCUGGUGCAGUAGCUCCCACAAGUCACACAGCCUGGAGCGAUGCUUUGAAAAACAGCCGCCAACCUAAAUUCAGACUGUUUUUGGGUGUUGUUAAUGUGGUCUCGCGCUAUACGACACUCCCAGCCAGCACUUAAUUUUGGGUCAGGGACGGUUUUGGGUCUCGAUUGCUUCCAGUCAGCAAGCAAGAGAGCAAGUCAUGGGUGGUUACUAGCAUUCCUCUCUCUAUCCAGCUCAACACACACAAUCUUACAUGUACACACACUCUGUAGCACUGUCUUGAUGGCCAGUAGUGACGUCCCCAUCUCCUCCAGUCCAACACACUCAAGUGAAAUCAGUGUUUUCUUCAGUUUUUUUUUUUCCACAAGUGUUUGUACAGAAUCAAAAAUGUAGACUCAGUCUUUACAUGAUUGUAUAUGAACCACAGAAGACUUGUUUUCUGGCAUUUUUUGUACCAAGAGUAAAUUAUGAUCCCAUUUGAGAAGAUUGUAUGUAAACUAUGGCUAAAUUUUUAAUCCGUUCAUGUCGCGAUGAAAUUGAUGACCAGCUUGUACAAACAACGUUAAGAAGAAGAGGUUGUUCACGGCGUUUUGUCACGACUUUGCACUCCCUUCUAGAUCGACCAUUACGCAGUAUCUUUUGUUUUUAAGCCGCGUCGUCCCAGUCUGCUCUGUCGGUUUGGUUUGUUUGCGAGAGUCAACGCCGCCGUCUUGUCAUCCCCACCGGGUUUUCCUCCUCAUCAAUAUACUACACGCAACAGAUUUAGUAUGUGGCGUGGGACUGACACCCAAUAAGAAUCCCACGCAUCCGAGCAAACAUCGUGCCUCAUCGUAGCAGUCGUUGUCUUGCACUACUAAACAUUUCGACAGACGCCUGAACAACCUUUUCUGCUUUUAUUUUUAAAUACUGUUGAGACAUUUGUGAAGAUUUUGUCCUUUUGUGUUUUGUUAAAGUACUUUAUUUUCCUUUUUUUUUUUUUUUUUUUUUUUUUUACAAGCCGUGACAAUGUUAAUGAUCUUGUGUAUAUUGCUUUUCUUUGAGCCCCAUAAUCAGGUAUGUGUGUGACCCCCAUCCUCCAUGUGGAUCAGGAGUGUCUUUUAUGAAGUCACUGUACAUAAGCACAGCUCUAUUUCUUUGCUUCCACAGCCAGAUCAUCUCUGCAUUUUUAUAAGUCCACCUGAAUUAGCCCCUCAUAUCAAAGGACCACCCUCACCAUCUCUCACAACUUGGUUUUGUCGAGCUGUGUCUUUUUAAAUCCCAUUUGAGCAACCACUUUGUAUCACUGUUUCACGUCGCAGCAGCUACUGUGCCAUCUGUUAAUUCCCCCAUCACCACUUAUCUAUUUUGUCUCACCCCGAAAUGCCAGUGACGACACUCGGCCUGGCUUUUGAUGACGAGCACUUAGUAGACGCCCGACCUCCCGCAUCAUCGCCAUUUUUGUUUUAAUCAAGGGAAGCAAAGGAAUAGGAAGUAUCAAUGUAGUCCUCAGAGGUCUUUCCUGUUUGUUUGCCUCCUAUUUGUUUUUAACUGAAAAGCAAGUGUCCAUUUUUCUUUUCCUUCACUUUUCCUGAAUGGCAUUAGUAUUGUAGUAGAUUAAAAGUCUAGCUUUUUUUUUUUUUUUUUGUAAAGUGUGAAUAAAAGAUGUAUCUCAUGUUUCCUUUCUAAACUGAUAUUGAAUUGUGUUGAUGUAUAAAUAAUGAAUUCUACGAUGGUAUCGUUUGCGACUUUUUAAGUACUUUCCCAUCGUGCGUGCUUCUCCCGCCACAAACCAAAUCCUCUGUAGAUGAUGUGUAUAGGAGUUGGAUGCUCCGCAAUGAAGGAUGUUAUUUGUUUUUGGCAUCAGAAAAGGUGACAUCCAUUUAUAUUGCAGACUCAAGCCUGCCCCCACACUUUUUUUUUUUUUUUUUUAAUUUGUGGUUUUGCUACCUUUCAGCUUUAUUGCAGAUAUUUUGCCUGGCACUAGCUGGACAGUGCUAGUGCCUGAAGGUGAGGGCAGCAGAGCUGACCUCGUGGCUGCUGAGCUUGUGCCGCUGGUCGCCAGACUGCUCCUGUGAUCGUUUUUUUUAGUUUUUUUUAUUGCUACUUAAUUUGACACACUUCCCUCCUGAAAGUAGAUUGUCACCUUAAAGGGCCAAUUCGCAGAGCCACAAUCAUGUGCUUUUGUGAUUUUGUGUUGUGCUCCUUUUGACGUAGUGAUUUUUUUUCCAACAGUGCACCAAAGCUGCUUGUAGUCGCUGGUCAUAUUUUUCCCCCAUCAAAAGUCAGUGAAAGUAGGGCUGCAAGUAACGCUUUCCUCGGGUUCACAUCAUUAGAUUUUCACAUUACCGAUUGCAUCCCUUUCAGACAAAUGGCAAUAAUACUCCUAACAUUCACACAUUUUUUAGGCAUUUUUUUGUGGACACUAAUGUAGCUUCUUUCAUUAACACUGACCUAACUUUUUAGCUGAUGCAUUGCUUUCACCUGUAUAUUUGCUCAUCUCCUUCCCUUGCUGACCUCGUGCUAGUUGUUCAAUGAUCAGGAUUGUCUAUCUGUAGUCAGCUGAGUACAUUUUAUUGAUCUGUCACUGUGUUUAUGCACUGGACCAACUAUUGUUUACCAUUCAUAAAUACCAGCAAAAAAAAAAAAAAAGAAUAAAUUAAUAACUGAUGACAAAACACUUGCACAAUGUUAUAGAAUGUUCAUUAACCAAGACUAGAAAUCAAGGCAGCUCUUUUCAAAUCAACACUUAUUGUUUGAAAACGGAACUGAAUGGUAAACAAUGUUUUCUGUUGUACACUUAGCCGUCCUCUCAAUUCUCUUUGGACUAGUUUUGUACUUUUUUUUUUGGUUGUUUUUUUUGUUUUGUUUCAUUGACUACAGGUUCUGCUUGUUUCCUUUUCACCUACCUAUGUAUUUUCCUACUUGUUCAGAAUAAAUUCUAUAUUAUCUGUUUCAA